UGCCUAUGGAUGUGAUUGCCGUCACUGGUAUGGGCGGGAUGGGUAAGACAACCCUUGCACGACUUGUUUAUGAAGAUCCAAGGAUGAAGGAUCAUUUUCAACAUAAAGCUUGGGUGUGUGUUUCUGAAGAGUUUGAUGUUGAUUGUGUCACAAAAGCAAUUCUUCAGUCACUUAGUUGUCCAACUGAAAAAGAUUUUCACUCAAAUCAGUAUAAACUGAAAGAGACAUUGAUGGGCAAGAGAUUCUUUCUCGUUCUUGAUGAUGUCUGGAAUGAGAAUUGUCAAAUCUGGGAGGUUUUCACAGCUCCUUUGAGACAAGUGGCACCACAGAGUAAGAUUCUUAUCACAACCCGUAAUAAAAUGGUAGCAGAAGUUAUGUGUUGUGCCUUUACAUAUCCUUUGAAGCCAUUACAAGAUGGAGAUUGUUGGAAUUUAUUUGUGAAACAUGCAUUUAACAACCAACCCGAUGCUGUUGGUCCAGAUCUUGUACGGAUUGGUAAAGAAAUCAUAAAGAAAUCUGGAGGAUUGCCUUUAGCAAUAAAAACACUGGGAAGUUUGUUGCAUAUAAAACUCUCUUUUCAGCACUGGAAUAAGAUUUUGAAAAGUGAGAUUUGGGAAUUAUCAGAAAAUGACUGCAAUAUUGUUCCAUCCUUAAGAUUGAGUUACCAUUAUCUACCCUCAAAUUUGAAGCGUUGUUUUGCAUAUUGCUCAAUCUUUCCCAAAGAUUAUGACAUAGAUAAGAAUGUCCUAAUCCAAUUGUGGAUGGCAGAUGGUUUAGUAUAUCCAACUCAAAGAAGUACGAGCCUUGAAGAAACGGGUGAUGAAAUUUUCAAAGAUCUAGAGUCUAGGUCUUUUUUUGAGCCAUCAAAAAGAGGGGGCGAUUAUUUCAUCAUGCAUGAUCUUCUUAAUGAUUUGGCAAAAUCUGUGGCAGGAGAGUUUUUUGUGUUGCUCGAUGCUGCUCAGACACAAGAUAUGUCAACGAAGACUUGCUACUUUUCAUAUAUAAGAUGCAAAAGUGAUAAUGUUGACGUUUUUGAGAAAGUUUUAAAAUGCCACCAAUUACGUAGUUUUAUCCUAUUUGACAGUCUUGACAUUGGCGAUGAUAUAAUGUCCAAGCUUUGUCGUCUCAAUUAA